GAUUGAGGGAGGGAGAGAUCCAUACACAGAGACAGAAAGAGAGAGAGAGAAAGAGAGAGAGACAGUCGGGGAGGGGGGGUGAGAGAAGGAGAGAGGAGCCCCGGGUUGCAGCUGCUCCAGCCCCAAUAACGCCUGGAACGCCGGAGCCAGGAGCGCCGCGGGGCCGCCACUGCAAACGCCUACUGAACUGGAUAUCAACCUACUGCUAACUGGAUUUGAGGGGAAACCAAAAUAAAUGGCUACUUUCCUUAUACUGCUGCUAUGGAAAAUGGAACACCAGUGGCUGAUGGGACAUGGUUUGAUAAAGAACAUCAAGUAAAGAUGUCUCAAUAAUUGUGAAAUCAAUGGAAGAUCCUUGCUCUUUGAAAAGCUUUUUGAGAUUAUCCUGACAGGUUCUCCUGGAAACCUGAGGAAACAUUCCUUCUUUAUCUGUCUCAUUUUUCACAGAGGAUUAUAAAUACUAUUACUUCCUUGUCAACUUCACACCUCAUGUGGGACCAUGGCCCCGCCAAGAUCCAUGUGGCUGAACUGUGCAUGGAAAGCAGGGAUGACACAUCUUGUACUCCGGGGAUUGGAUGCCACACUGGCCCUCUGCAUCUUUGGAUGUUUGCUUCAGGCCUCUGCUGUAUCCUCACAAAAGUUGGAUGAUGCUGACCCACUGGUGACGACUAACUUUGGCAAAAUAAGAGGGGUUAAAAAGGAACUCAAUAAUGAAAUUCUGGGGCCUGUGAUUCAGUUUCUUGGGGUUCCAUAUGCAGCUCCACCCACAGGGGAACGCCGUUUUCAGCCUCCUGAACCUCCAUCUUCUUGGUCAGACACCAGAAAUGCCACUCAAUUUGCUCCCGUUUGUCCACAGAACAUUAUCGAUGGCAGGUUGCCAGAAGUCAUGCUCCCCGUUUGGUUUACUAAUAAUUUGGAUGUAGUUUCCUCCUACGUACAAGAUCAGAGUGAAGACUGCCUCUACUUAAAUAUCUAUGUCCCAACAGAGGAUGUAAAAAGAAUAUCCAAGGAAUGUACAAGAAAACCCGGCAAGAAAAUUUGUAGAAAAGGAGGUCCCCUUACAAAGAAACAGACAGAUGAUUUAGGGGAUAAUGACGGAGCUGAAGAUGAAGAUAUUCGGGACAGUGGGGGCCCCAAACCUGUGAUGGUGUACAUUCAUGGUGGCUCCUACAUGGAAGGCACAGGGAAUUUAUAUGACGGCAGUGUCCUGGCAAGUUAUGGGAAUGUGAUAGUCAUCACAGUCAACUAUCGGCUGGGGGUACUUGGUUUCUUGAGUACUGGAGAUCAAGCAGCAAAAGGAAAUUAUGGACUCCUUGAUCUAAUACAGGCCCUGAGAUGGACUAGUGAGAACAUUGGAUUCUUUGGUGGUGACCCUUUGAGAAUCACCGUUUUUGGAUCUGGCGCUGGGGGGUCAUGUGUCAACCUGCUGACUUUAUCCCAUUAUUCUGAAGGUAACCGUUGGAGCAAUUCAACCAAAGGACUCUUUCAACGGGCAAUAGCUCAAAGUGGAACAGCCCUCUCCAGCUGGGCUGUUAGCUUCCAACCUGCGAAAUAUGCCAGGAUGUUGGCUACAAAAGUUGGCUGCAACAUGUCUGAUACCGUAGAGCUAGUUGAAUGUCUGCAGAAGAAGCCUUAUAAAGAACUUAUUGACCAAGAUAUCCAACCAGCUCGAUACCACAUAGCCUUUGGACCAGUAAUUGAUGGUGAUGUGAUACCAGAUGACCCUCAAAUACUGAUGGAACAAGGGGAAUUUCUCAACUAUGAUAUAAUGUUGGGUGUUAACCAAGGGGAAGGGUUAAAAUUUGUUGAAAAUAUAGUAGAUAGUGAAGAUGGGAUUUCAGCUAGUGAUUUUGACUUUGCUGUCUCCAAUUUUGUUGAUAAUCUAUAUGGAUACCCUGAAGGCAAAGACGUUUUGAGGGAAACUAUUAAAUUUAUGUAUACAGACUGGGCAGAUCGACAUAAUCCUGAGACUAGACGCAAGACACUAUUGGCUUUAUUUACUGACCAUCAGUGGGUGGCACCCGCAGUGGCUACAGCAGAUCUGCAUUCAAACUUUGGUUCACCUACAUACUUCUAUGCCUUCUACCAUCAUUGCCAAACAGAUCAAGUUCCAGCUUGGGCUGAUGCAGCUCAUGGAGAUGAGGUUCCUUACGUUUUGGGAAUCCCCAUGAUUGGUCCAACGGAGUUAUUUCCUUGUAAUUUCUCUAAAAACGAUGUGAUGCUGAGUGCAGUAGUGAUGACUUAUUGGACAAAUUUUGCUAAAACUGGUGAUCCAAAUCAACCUGUCCCUCAAGACACAAAGUUUAUCCACACGAAGCCCAAUCGUUUUGAAGAAGUAGCAUGGACCAGAUAUUCCCAGAAAGAUCAACUCUAUCUCCAUAUUGGAUUAAAGCCAAGAGUAAAAGAGCAUUACAGGGCUAAUAAGGUGAACCUCUGGCUGGAGCUGGUACCUCAUCUGCACAAUCUCAAUGACAUUUCUCAGUAUACCUCUACUACAACUAAAGUGCCCUCUACUGAUAUUACCUUCAGGCCAACAAGGAAAAAUUCUGUACCAGUCACAUCAGCCUUUCCUACAGCCAAGCAAGAUGAUCCCAAGCAGCAACCGAGUCCAUUUUCCGUCGAUCAACGGGACUACUCUACGGAGUUGAGUGUGACCAUCGCAGUCGGGGCAUCUUUACUAUUUCUGAAUAUCUUGGCCUUUGCCGCUCUCUACUACAAGAAGGAUAAGAGGAGACACGAUGUUCAUAGGAGAUGUAGCCCUCAGCGUACGACAACCAAUGACCUUACCCACGCACAAGAAGAGGAGAUAAUGUCCCUCCAAAUGAAGCACACAGACUUGGAUCAUGAAUGUGAGUCUAUCCAUCCACAUGAGGUGGUUCUUCGGACCGCCUGCCCCCCAGACUACACACUAGCUAUGAGGAGAUCUCCUGACGAUGUUCCCUUAAUGACCCCUAACACCAUUACCAUGAUUCCCAACACUAUACCAGGAAUCCAGCCCUUACACACGUUCAAUACGUUUACUGGAGGACAGAACAAUACUCUGCCCCAUCCCCACCCCCAUCCCCACUCACAUUCAACAACCAGGGUAUAGCCAGACAAGAUGAAACAAACUCUAUUUUUUGACGGAUUACAGUAAGCAAUUACUGGGGAUUGCUUGGCUUUCAACCUACAAAGACUUACUAUUUAAAUAAGGAGGAAUAUUAUGUGAAUAUACAUAUCAAGAACUUUUGAGGUUUUGAAAAAAAAUGAAUUGUAUAUAGUUACACAAAUGAACUUUAAAACUGAUCUCGAUUGCUUGAAGCAGUUGUUCUGAAUGAUACUUUUUCAUUCACAUUCAAGUAUUAAUUUUUUGAAGAUUUAAGUUACAUAUUGGAAUUAGGCAUGUGCAACACCAAACAGGAAAGAACUAUGACUGAAAUUUAAAGAACAAAAAAAUCUAUAAAUAUGCACAAGGGACACACUAAUGGAAUGUCAGAUAAUUUUCACCAGUUUUUAUUUGGAACUGUUUUCUUGUGUAGUCCAUAUUUACUAAUUUGGAUAUAAGUACACAAAACACCAGUGCUGUUAACGGCCUUAGUAGAACAAGGCUUAUGCUGAAACCUGCUGGUCAAACAGCAAAGUGAAGCCUGGCAGGGUCAACAUUUUCACAUAAGUGCUGUCAGUAUAAAUUGGUGGGGGAUCAAGGAAACUGGGGAUUUUUAGCACGACGUGCAUGAUCAUUGAUAUGCUUGGUGGCUGUGCUGCUGAUUAAGCUGCAAUUAAAAUUCUUCUCAUCCCAUUGGAAUUUUUUCAUAGAAGCUUCCUCCAUCAAUUGGCAGAAUCCAAAGAAGAAUUAUAAGGGGGCAGAAGUUAUUGCAAUAGAAUAAUUUAGAGUAGCUUCAGGAAUAAAAAGGUGUUAAGGUGUUAGUUAUGAAAGGUAGCUGAUGAAUCUAUAGGGAUAGGGGGUGAACACUCGCUGAAAUGAAUCCCAGAGAGAAAACAAACAACUUUCUGUAUUUUUAAUGUUCUUUUAUGUUUUCAUCUAAAUAAUUUAUAGAAAUAUUACCCAAAUGGGACUUGUGUUGAAGGAUUUCUAAUUUGCCGUGCUUUGGUUAAAACUGUAUUUUGUUCCUCUUGGUAAGGUGAAGUGUGUCCAAAGAUUUAUUUACAAUGGUAUUUUAUGAUAUAAGGAUGCCCCAAUAUUGCCACUCUGAUUACAGCUCUCAAUUCUUGAUUUACUCAUGUUGCAUGACAAAAUGUUUACUAAUACUAUUUCGAUAAAAUCUCAUGUCCCUUCUCACCUUUCAUAUCGUUAUCACCAAAGUCCAUUCACCAGAAUUUGCUGAUGAGAUCUCUAGCUAGCAUCCAAUGUGAGUGGAGAGGUUCAGAAAGAAGAGUCAUCCAAACUGGAGGGUUUUAGUCAUUCUUAUAUGUGUGAUUUUCAGCAACUGUUCUAGGAUCACAGGAAACCUCUCCAUUCCCCCAUUGUUUACCAAUACCAGUAUAUCACAGACCUUUCCAAAUGUUUGUAUAUGUAAUCAGAUGUACAUUUAUAUUAAAAGAAAAAAAUUGAGAUGGACUUAAGAGCACAUCCCUGAUAAAUACUUUCUCUCUGACCUGUACUAUAUUUCUAUUAGACUAAAGUUAUGUGAUUUUUUUUUACAUUUUUUCAGAUUACUAGCAAUUUUGAUAGUUUGUAAGAUAAUGCAAAGAACUUUCUCUGACAAACUAACUGCAGUAACAGAAACAUUUCUUUUUCAGUUACUCUUUUUCAAGAAUGAAAGCUUAUUACACACACACAAAAAUUGUAUACUACUUAAUGGAAAUUACUUUGUACUUCUUGGCCAUGUUCCUGGUCACUGAGUGAAAUAAAGAUAAUCUGGAAAAUGAUUAUUAUUCCAAUGCUAAGAGACCUGAAUCUUUGCUCAUUAAAGAGCUAAAAUGUUCCUUGCUGUUUUGUCAUUUUUUUAAAAAAAAACAAACACAAAAAUAAUGAUGACAGCUUAAUACGUCAUCUCUAGACUAGGCAUAUUUUUAAAGACCACCAUAUGACUUCAACAAAUCAAUUCGAUUCCACAAAUAUUUAUUUAGUGAGUACUUUUUUCUGUGUAUAAGAAAGACUCUGGGUUGAAUGCUGGGUAUGCAAAGGCUAAAACAAAAUGGUCCCUGCCCUGCAACAGCUUACACUGAUGUACAGGAGAUACAAAAUGUAAACAUAAAAAUAAAUAGUAAAUACCUAGAAAAGUCACUGCAAGGGGGAGAAAGUGUUAGUCACUGGGAAAAGGGCACCAGAAAAGGACUCAUGGAAGAGGUGACAUAAGCUGUGCUUUGAAUAAAACAAGCAACCCUAACAUGGCAGAGGUGAGGAAGGAAAGUAUGCCAGAUGAUGCAAGCUAUCCUGGGAGACCAUGCACAUUGAAUGCAGUUCCUCAUAAAAAGUUUAAAGUGAUCAACUUAUUGCUCCCAGAAAGCAACAGUGGUAUAGAUCUUCUAUUGUUCAUAUCUUUGUUAUCAAAACAAGCUAAUGUAUUUCUAAUUAGAAAUUGGAUGAAAUAAAGGCUCCAUUUUUUUUUUUUUUUGUCUUCUGGGAAGAGGUUGAAUGGAAAUAAAUGGCCUCUUGUUUUGUGGAAUGGAAAUGGUCUGCUUCAUAAUAGGAGGGUGAUUAAACUUUCAUAAAAUAAUGGAUCGAAAGUUAUCCUUCUAAAAGGAUCCAUGAGUACUGAGAAAGAUAUUAAAGCUGACACGAAAAGAUAAAGCCCACCAUUUUGCACACUUUCUUUCAUUUUUAAUGCUUUCUUAACCACCACUACCCCCCAAAAGUCUAUGAACCAUUAGGAUUUUGCAUGAUUUCGAAUAUAAAAUGAAAGUUCCCAGUAGUUGUAUCAAAUGAAAAACUGUUUUCAAAAUCCAGAGUGGUCCCCAUGCAGUGACUGCCUAAUGUGGUUGAGUAUUUAGACUGGGAACUAGCAUUGUAAACAAAUCAAGAGAAUUACUUGUCAUCUGAAAUACUGAUUCAUAGGAAGAAUGCAUCUUUUCUAUGUUCAUUAUAUGAAUGAAUAAAAAUGAAUACCAACUUUGAAGACCAUUACAUAAGAUCUGAAUAAAUAAAUAUAAUUUUUGUGGAGGUUUUUUGUAACUUUGGCAGAAUCAAAGUCACAUUCUGUUAUCUUUUAAUGGUGGCUAUAUAUUCAUGCCUCACCAGUUAGCUGCCUGUUAAUGUCUAUAUAUUUAUGUAUCUUGUCUGAUAUCUGUUUUACUUUUCUUAUUAUGGGAAGAGAUAGUUUAUAAUAACAAAGCAUGAUUCUACAGUUUUCUUCUUUUGGAUUUUUUAUUUCUGUUGCCCUAGAGUAUCAUAAUUGUGCAAGAUAAAGAUGGCAUAAAUUUGGCAUUUGUUUUGAAAAAUCUAUGAUAUAAGCAUGGUGAAUAAAACUGUAGCUGCUUGAUUAUACUGACAGUCAUAAGUUUUCUGCCAAUAAAGUAGUGUCCCAAUUGAACAGAACUUUAUUUUUUUUUAAAGCUGAAAUACAAAUAGGAGAGUGAGGAAUAUUGUGAAUAAUUUUCUUGAAAAUUCAAAUGAAUUUGUGAUAUCAGUUAUUUCCUCUAAUGAAAAAGAUUAGGAUAAGUUAUUAUACUUUGAUUCACUUAAUAAUAAGCUUGAUUGGAGAUAUAUUUGUUUAGGUUGUUUUUUUUUUAAGUGCAUCAUGAUCAGCCAAAUUUGUUUUUGAAUUUAUUAAUCAGAUCUGGGUUUCUCCCCUGUUCCAUGUUAUCUUGACCUGGGAGAAUCCUUAGAGGCCAUCUCUUAUAUUACACAGAUGAGAAAACUGAGGCCAGAAGAAGCUAAGUGACUUCACUAGACUGUAUAACUCCUAAGUGUCUGAGACAGGAUUUGAAUACUUCCUGACUACAAGUACAGCUAUUCAAUCAAAAUUUAAAACAUUUAUUUAGAGCUUACUGUGUACCGGGCAUUUUGCAAAACCUGUGUAUACAAACUUCUCUAUUGUUGUCUGUUGUCUCUCAAUGAGUUUGAGAUACAAAUAAGCCAGGUCUAUUUAGGGAUGUAGUUCAAAAUUUAUGCCUAGUAAACUAUUACUUUCAUUUCCAUUUUUCUUUAUUACAUCCACUUAUUUCCCAAAAUAUACCAGAAGAUUUUGGAAGUUGCUUUGGAAUAAGUAAGAAUAGGGAAGAAUCAUUUUCUGUUCCCUUUAGUUUUUGCUGAAUAUGCUAAAGAUUCAAAGUUUAAUUUCAAGUGGUUCUGAUCCUGAAACAAUGGUAGACAUAUGGUUUCAACUGAUCCUUUGGAUGAAAAAGCAUUAAAACAUACAAUGUAUAACUUAGAGAAUCUGAACUAACAAUUCAGGGUAAAAAACACUGCUUUGUUUUGCUUUGGGUUUUUUUGUUUGUUUGUUUGUUUGUUUGUUUUGUUGUUGUUGUUGUUUUAACUCAUAAUUGAUUGUAAAUGUCCAGACUAGAUGUAAUGAUCUUUUUAUUUUAAAAGGCACAUUUUGAAGUUAGACAGCUGCCAAACAAGGAACUAAGCCAUCCACAUGUCAUACCUUUCCUAUAGGUAAACAAGAUGGGAUCCUUUGUUGUUUAUGCUCUAAAAGGACUCUUACUUCUCCAUUAUUUAUUCUUUUAAUGAGUGUCUCAUAUACAUAUGAUUAUAUACAUAUAUACACACAUAUAUUAUAAACACAUUAUGUAUGCAUAUGUUUAUGUGUGUAUAUAUAUAUGCAUAGACAUCUAUAUUAGAGAUGUGCAUAUACAUAUGUACACACAUACAUGCAUAGCCAAUAUGAUGAUAUUCCUGACAAAGUGCAAAGGACCUAAAAAUAUGAUCACUGUACUGGAUCUUUAAAUUCAGUGUUCUAUAGGAUUUACUGAAAAUUUUUGCCUUGACGAAUUUCACUGAAAUAUUUUUAGGAUCAAAAUGAGCAAAGGAAUUCAUAGGAAGCUCUCAACCAUCAUGAUGACUCUUUGAUGUUCGUAAUUUUUUUUUCUAUGCCAUUAGUUCAAAGUAUUGGUCUUCUCCUCCUUUUCCAGUAAUUAGUUGUUAUAGGCUAUCACUUUUUAAUGUAAACGAAAAUUAGACAAUUUGGUGAUACUUGUGAAAACAUGCUCCCAAAUAAAUUCAAUUUAUGGGCACUUCCCUGCUGAGAUUUUGUUAUCAUUCAUCUAAUUAUCUUGUCAAACUCUCCCUUGUGACAACUGUUUGGAUUUUUGUAGUCAGCAAACUGAGAGACUUUCUCCAACAACUUCCUAUGCACUUGACAUAAUAAUAGUGCACACUUCACAUGCCGAUCCGUGGUCUCAUCAGAUGUUUCCAAUUGAUAUCGACAGUGGCCCUUCCUGAUCCAUUUUCCAAAGCUUUCUCACUUGAGUUCAUCCUGGAUCUUAGCUGGAUUUAUAAGUAGGACAGAAAUUAGCUUCAAUUGACAAGAUAUUUUUAAAGGGCUGCCUAGAAGAUAGAAUCGACUAUCCAACCUCCUGCUGUGCAUAAGUGCCUUUUUCCUGGGUUUUGUUUAUACUACUGUAGAAUUGAUUUCAUAUUUGCAAAUGCUAUGGAAAUCCAAUUUAGAAAGAUGCUUAGAGGAUAACCGUUUUGUAAAGAGCCAAUAAUGUGAGGUGAAUUCUUUUUUAGGAAGGUUCCCCCCCACACAUUUAAUCCAGCUUGACUUAAUGGCAUACAAGCCCAGAUCCAUGCUAUAAAAUAGACUAUAUGGUGUUUAGGUACUUUUGCUUUGUCGUUACUUUUGCUUUUAUUUUCUCCUUCUUUAGUAGCAACUAUGGGUUUCCUCCUCCUGCUUCCAUCGAAAAGUAACACAGAUAACUGAUUUCUACUCAACUAAUCUGAGCAUGUAGAACCUUUAGAAAAAAAAAAUUAACUGACGAUCAACCAUUAUGAAGGUUUAAUCUAAAACACAAAGGAAAUAUUCAACUUGAUGAGAUGAUUUUUGUCUUUCAGCUCUUUGAGGAAUAAAACAAAAUCAUGGGCUUCCCAGCCUCAUGUGUUUCCCAGAAAUUAUUCCAUGUUUCCAUUCCAGCAUACUGACAAAACUCUAGUCAAGCAUUUGAGACCUUUGGAGCCAACAUGCUGGAUUUUUCUACAUGGAAGUGAAUCAUAGUCAUUAAAGCUUUAAAGGGAUCUUUAUAAGUACUGUAACACAACAAAAAAAAAAAUCAGCAGAUGAAAUUAAUACCAAGGGAGCAUUUACUAAAUGCCAUUGGCAGAGUUGAAAUCUAUGUUACAUGGUGUGUUUUACGGGAUUGUUAGUGUUCUUGAUGCCUCAUUUCCACCAACCAGAAAAGAACAAAGCAUAUGUUAUGAUUUUUUUUUUUUUGUAAAAAAUAAAAAAAUAAAAAAAAAUAAAAAAAUGUGGGAGAGUGUGCCUUCAGUUUGCUGUAAGUGAUUUAGUUUGUGUUUGGACAUCCAUGGCUUUCAUUUAAAAAAUGAUCAUCAUUAAUAAACAUUAUCAUGUUUUUCAAA